AUGGUCAAGUUAGUUGGUUUAUGUGUGCUCCUGCUUCUAGCGUUUUUACACGGUUCCAUCAAUACCCAGCAUGCAGCAGGAUCGAGCUGCGUGACGCCAAACGAGGCAGCUGGCGUUUGCAUUGGAAUACGACAAUGCCGACCGUUGUUAUUUAUACUCGAUACUCAACCCCUUCCACCGGAAGCGAUAAAUUUCUUAAGGGAAUCGCAAUGCGGUUUCGACGGCAAGGAUCCCCGUGUAUGCUGUCCGUCUUUACAGCUAACGCCGCCCACCGAAUCGAUUAUGCAGUACGAUCUGCCCCAGAAUCCUCUGCUAUCCGCCGAUUGCGGUCUGGAUUUUUCUCAAAAAAUCUAUGGCGGCGAAAAGACGGACCUCGAGGAAUUUCCUUGGAUGGCGCUCUUGGAAUACGUGAAACCAACCGGAAAGUCUACGGCUUGCGGUGGAGUUUUGAUCAGUCGACGGUACGUUCUAACGGCAGCCCAUUGCGUGAAGGGCAAGGAUUUACCAAGGUCAUGGCGUUUGGUAAGCGUACGUUUAGGGGAGUAUAACACCGAGACCGAUCCCGAUUGCAUACGGGACACCGAGAACACCUUAACCUGCGCGGACGAUCCCAUCAACGUAGGUGUGGAAGAGCAAAUCGCCCACGAGGAGUACAGGCCAUUGUCGACGGAUCAAUUGUACGACAUCGCCCUGUUAAGAUUGUCUCGCGACGUCAAGUUCACGAACUACGUGAAACCAAUAUGUCUGCCGUCGAACGCCCCGUUGCGGGAACAGCUGACCGUCGCUGGCUGGGGAAGAACGGAGAACCGAUCGUCGUCGAACGUGAAGCUGAAGACCAAGUUGCCAGUCGCCGACAGAAACGUAUGCCAGACGACUUACCGUAAUAUAGGAGUAUGGCUCGGUUUUGGACAAUUUUGCGCCGGUGGACAGAAGGCCAAGGACUCCUGCAAAGGGGAUUCUGGAGGGCCCCUGAUGUCGGUGGAAAGAACUCGCAACAAUCUCGUUAGAUGGUCCGUCGUCGGUAUCGUCUCGUUCGGGCUGUAUCCAUGCGCUAUCGAGGGAUGGCCUGGUGUUUACUCCAAAGUGGCAGACUUCGUCCCUUGGAUACUCAGUAAAAUGAGACCUUAA